CGGGACAAUUCCCGGGACAAUUCCCGGGAUUCCCGGGGGAAUUCCCAGGACAAUUCCCGGGAGGAUUCCCGGGAGGAUCCCCGGGAUCCCGGCGCCGAGCAGCGCGCCCGGGCCGCGCUCCGGGAGCGAUUCCUGCGGCUCCUGGGAUCCGCCCGGGGCCGCCGGACGCGCUUUUCCCUCUGGAGCGGGAUCCUGGUGCCCGCCGAGUUCGGGGCCGCCGAUCCGCAAACCGGAGCCUUGCAGGUGGAUUCUCUGCAGACCCCGCUGGGGAUCCAGGGCUCGGCUCUGCUGCGCUCCGGGGACGUCCUGGAAUUCUCCUUCCCUCUGGAAUGAGCCCCUGGAAUUCCCCCCUGGAAUUCUCCUCCCCUCUGGAAUCAGCCCCCGAGGGAAUAAACGGAUUUUUCCUGCUUUUCCAAA